AUGGCCAGAGGACUUGUUGAAGUGAUGCUUGAGACUCACCAUAGCUUAUGCACUUGGCACUUAUUGCAAAAUGUAAUUAAACACCUUGGAAACCUGAUGAAAGGAGGAAGUUAUUUUUUAAGAGAUUUUAAAAAAUGCAUGUAUGAUAUUGACAUUGAAGCAGAUUUUGAAACAACUUGGAUCAACUUAAUCAACGACUAUAAUGUUCAUGAAAAUAGUUGGAUCAAAUCUGUUUAUGCUAUAAAAAAGAAAUGGGCGUCAUGUUAUAUGAAGGAAACAUUAACACCUGGCAUGAGAAGUACUCAAAUCAGUGAAAGUUUGAAUGCUCACUUCAAAUCUUGUAUGAAAUCAAAUGUGGGUAUAAUACAAUUUUUUAAACAUUUUGAACGAGUUGUUGAAGAGAAGAGAUGA